AGUGCAGCCACAGGAACUCGAUUUCCAAAGAGGGGAAUUUAUUGGAUUUUGAAUCAGACCAGCUGGUUGAAGAAGGAAGUCGUCUAGAAGUUUAUUUGCCAGAAAAAAAGAACAACGAGUGUGCAACUGAAGGAAUCGCCAAACAGAAUUGAGAGGCGGAGCCAUGUCAAUCCUGACCUGUGCAGAAAUGGCUGAGAACUGGCCUCUGAGCUUCCUGGAAGAGGAGGCAAUAGCAGCAGCUUCAGCGGCCGUGACUGCUGUGGACGAAAGCAACAGUAGCAACAGCUCAGUCAACCUGGAUGACAGUCUAACCAGCCUGCAAUGGCUCCAGGAGUUUUCCAUUGUCAACUCUGAUGGCAACCAGCACGUCAGAACAGCUCAGCCCAGUCAUGACCUAUAUGGGUGCCUGGAGGGCUCAGAGGGGCCUUCCUCACCCCUCGCUGCCGACCCAGCCUCCAUGGGCAUGCCUCACACCCCCGGCAAGCCCUCCUCCUCUGCCUCCAUCUGCCGAACCGCCCAACACCCCGGCCUGGGACCCCAGGGGGAACCCCUGGAUGAGGUGGACUACCGGACCAACCCUCACGUCAAGCCCCCCUACUCCUACGCCACUCUCAUCUGCAUGGCCAUGCAGGCCAGCAAGAAGAGCAAGAUCAUGCUAUCUGCCAUCUACAAGUGGAUCACAGACAACUACUGCUACUUCAAACACGCCGACCCAACCUGGCAGAAUUCCAUCCGUCACAACCUGUCCCUUAAUAAGUGCUUCAUCAAAGUCCCGCGGGAGAAGGACGAGCCCGGCAAAGGUGGCUUCUGGAAGAUCGACCCCCAGUAUGCAGACAGGCUUCUCAGCGGGGCCUUCAAGAAGAGGAGAAUGCCCCCAGUUCAUAUCAAUCCCGCCUUCCAAGCCAGGAUGCGUCCAGAGCCCAGCUUAGCCAGCAUUGCUGAUGUGAUGAACAGCCAGCUGUGUGUGAGCCAGGAAUCCCAGCAGCUCUUGAAGGAGUUUGAAGAAGUCACCAACGACCAGAACUGGGAUCCAUCAGAGAUGGGGAAAGUUGGCCACAAGAGGAAGCAGCCCCUACCCAAGAGGAUGAUGGUCAAGGCCCCACGUCGCUCCAGCUCACCACUUCUCACCACAGAGGAGCAGAAGGAACUGGGCUCCCUGAAGGGCGAUUUCGACUGGGAUGCCAUUCUAGACUCUGCGCUCUCCGGCGACCUCAGUGAAGAACUUGAACAUGUGCCUCCACUGAGCCCCAUUCCUGGAGAGGUGAACCUGACCGUCCGGGGCACACACAUUGACCGACCUGAGCAGUGGAGCCCCCUAGAGCCCAGAGGCCACACAGACCACAUCCUGACCCAAACCAACCAGAGCAACCUAGACUUUGAUGAGGAGACCUUCCUGGCCACUGCUUUCCUGCAGAACCCUUGGGAGGAAGGCAGGAAUGACUUUCUAUCCAACUCGGCAGUCAGCCUGGACCAGCUGUUUGACCUGGGUGACUCCUUCUCAUGCAGUAGGAUAGAGGCAUUUCUAUGAAGCAUGCUUUCAACUAGGUAGACAGUUUACCAAUUGUAGGGGACCUGUCUAAUCGACAGGAAAACAGACAAGAAACAAACAUUUCACUUGGAUACAAGUGGCUCUCAGAACUGGAAAGCUUAAGCUAUGAAACAGUAGAUACUCAAUAGACUUGACCCCUAGUCAAAGACAGGACUCAAAAAACCCUGUGGGGUGAGUGGCCCAAUAGUGCAUCGUUAUUGAAUUUAUGUAAAAUAUGUAUAAAAAGACUUAAAUUUUAGCUUUGCAUGCAAAAAAAUGAAUUAAAAUCAUGAAAAUAUACCUAACCUAAAUCAUAAUUGGGUUAUACUCUCUUUUGAUAUGAUCUAUCUUUUGUGAAUACAUGCAGUAUGAUAAUAUAAGAUGUAUUACAUAAUAUAUUGGCUUAGUUGAGUAUCUGGUCUAGAGUCUAGACACUGUUAAUGUUAGCUACAUGGACCAACUGUGUUUCAGAUCCACAAUGACUCUCCACAAGCAAUUGCUACUUUGAGAACACAAAAAGACUAUUUUGUACUGUGUAUUGUAUGAUGUAUGUUUCAUAUAUGUCAGCAAUGUAUCUUGGGUUCUUGUAGAUGCAAUUUCUAUUAUUAUAGGGGAUCAAAAAAUACAAUAGAAAUGGCAUUCUUAUGAUUUUGUUUUGAACCGUCUCCAUUGUAUUUAAACAGCACAGACUGUUCAGUAUGUAGACCAUCAUUAUUGGCUCCCAGCAUACACAUUGACAGUCACAGAAACUGCCUGUGUGUCACAUAACAGGAAAGGAUGACAGCGCUUUCAUUUAUAAUGCAUGAGCAGUUUAACACUCCCAUGCUGCCUUUCUCCAGUCCCUUUGGACUCGCAGACACCUUAGACGUCAAAUCGACAGCUUCACAACAUUUGUGAGAAUUUGCCAAGUCUACAGAUCAACAUCUACAAAAAACAUGCUGCAGUUUACAUAAAGAGGUAAAUGUACAAUGCUUUAAAGACAGUUUCUCCUCAUUCUCUGAAGUACACAGUUUGUUUUUUGCUGUGGAUUUUGUUGUUUUCUAGCCUAUAAAUUCACUUCUUUCCUGUUUUACCAGUAAUAGGACACCACCUGAGCCAAAGGUGUUAUAUUGCCUGUAAGCCAGAAAGUGAAUGUGUAGCCAUCAAACUUACAGUGUUGUGUUUAUUGUUCUAUCACAAUACAUGGGCUUUACCUGAGGCCGAUUAAGACAACGUUUAUUAAAGUCUGGGUAAUUACUCCCUUAAGAGAAGAUUGGAUUUUAUCAUGAUUUCAUCUUUGGAAUAUAAGAGUAAAGCAUAUAUAUUAAAAAAAUCAUCAUAGUAGCUAAAACCAUUGUGACAAUUCCACAAAGAAUGGAUUCCACAGCUAUUCCAUCAGGAGUAGAAUGGCAUUAUAAUCUACGGCAUUUAACAAGUGGUAUACUUCACGGGGGUGGACUGUUGUUUCCCUCUCGAAUGCAACUCGCAAUCAGUCUGUGUUGUAUACAGUAUGCAGAUAUUAUUUUCAAUUUCUCUUUUAUAUUUGCACUUUUCUUUUUGGAUAAUACAUGUCUUACUGGCACUGAAAACUGCAAUUAACAUGUGCAAUUAAAAAUACUGUGUUUUUUUCCCCUAACUCAAAGUUGCAUUAAAAAAAUGUUAAAAUUAGGUACCGGUAGUUCUUUGAGUUAAUGUGUGUCUUGGGUGUCUGGGGCGGGCUGUCCCAUUAAACAAGAUAUACAAUAGAAGCCUGUUUUAUCCGAAUCGCCUUAUUAACUGCAUUGCAAGCCUGACCCCGACAAAUUCAGAAUGGCUGGCAAACGAAAAAGGACAGUACUUACUCUAGCUGAAAUAUUAUUGAAUGGUCGGAAAAGGCUGAACACACUGUUCAACUUGCUAAAGGGUAUGGUUUGGGAAAGUCAACAAAUACUGACAUAUAAACUGCAAAACAAAACUUGAGAAAUUCUCAAGUACAGUGCAAUCAAGCACUGCCACAGCACUGUGAAGAACUAUGUGACACUGUGAAGACAACGCGAGAGAAAGAGCUUGCACAUGUGGUUCAUGCACGAAAGAGAAACGGGCGCUCUCUAUUUUAUACUCAACUACAUCCAGAGGACAGGGUUUAAAGUUAGUGAUGGCUGAACAGUUUUAAAGAAGACACAGCAGCUUUGCUUAGCAGGAGAAAAACUCAGCACGGAUACAACAGAGUUAGAACCGUUUCAUCAGAAAAUACUUCAGCGUAACACUAAGGAAACACAGUGUUUGGACCUGUGAGAAGAAUGCUAAUGUUUAAAUAAACCGUUAGAGUACAAUAGAUGUACAUGUAUUGCUGGGCUUUUUGUAAACUUGUGGUUAUCCGAAUGUUCAUUAAUACAAACUAUCUAUGUCCCCCAAUCUGUUCAGAUGACAGGGCUUCUACUGCAUUUUAGUUUUCAAUACUUUUAUACAGUCUCUGGAAUCCAUGAAAUUUCAAAAGAAAACAUGUAUACAGUAUAUUUAUACCACUCAUGUGGCUACAUUUUUUUGAGUUCUUUUUUUGAUAUGUCAUAAUAAAUUAAU